UGUGCCGAUUUUCACCUCCCCCGCUCCUUCCGCUGCGGGCCCCAGUUCCUGCGGUUCCUCCACAAUCAUCACAACAGCAUCUGGCCCCCCCCCCCCCUUCUCUCCUCACGCCACACCACAAGCGUCCGGCCUCAGAAUCGGAUCAAAACAAGCAACCGGGGACGAGAGAAGCUUGGCUCCCUGUAUCGCACACGAGACGGAGACAGGGCCACAGCCGAGGCCUGCAUAAAAAGGCAAAAGAUCUCGCUCUUCCCUCCCCGUGUGCCGUCCCGUCUUCGCGAGCAAGUUCUUUUCACUUCCCUCCCCGUCUGGCUGUGGGAGGGGUGAUCGGUGCGGCCGCCGGCGAGUUCUCCCUGACAUGAUCGGCCGGAUGGAGCGACAGACCGCCUCGUCGUCGGCGUCCUGCUCCAACUCCGUUGCCGCCUCCUCCUCCGCGUGCGGGGGCAAGAAGCGGCCUGAUAUUCUCAACAUGAUCCGGAGUGCAACCUGUCUUAAUUCAUCAUCUACUGAUACUGGCAAGGGAAGGAGUAAACUGUCAAGCAACAAAGUCACACAUGGAUUCCACUUGGUUGAGGGCAAGUCUGGCCAUGACAUGGAAGACUACCAUGUAGCAGAGUAUAAGUAUGAAAAGAACCAUGAGCUUGGUCUCUUUGCCAUCUUUGAUGGCCAUUUGGGAGAUAAGGUGCCAAGUUACCUGAAAACUAACCUUUUUAGCAACAUAAUAAAAGAGCCUCUCUUCUGGGCUAACCCUCAAGAAGCAAUAAAGAACGCAUACCGCUCUACAAACAAAGAUAUUCUAGAAAAUACCAAACAACUUGGACCAGGUGGUUCAACAGCAGUGACUGCUAUUGUAGUUGAUGGUAAAGAUAUGUGGAUAGCAAACGUAGGUGACUCGCGAGCUGUUGUGUGUCAGAGAGGUGCUGCUAAUCAGCUCACUGUUGACCAUGAGCCCCAUACAACUAAUGAAAGGCAGAGGAUUGAAAAACAGGGUGGCUUUGUAACAACAUUUCCUGGUGAUGUUCCUCGGGUAAAUGGCCAACUUGCUGUUGCUAGGGCCUUUGGUGAUCAAAGCCUCAAGGCCCACUUGAGUUCAGAACCUGAUAUUAGGCAUGUACCAAUAAACUCAAAUAUCGAGUUCGUCAUACUUGCCAGCGAUGGAUUGUGGAAGGUAAUGAAAAAUCAGGAAGCCGUUAAUCUCGUGAAGUCCAUCAAGGACCCCCAGGCAGCAGCAAAGCGACUGACGACCGAAGCACUUGCAAGGAAGAGCAAGGAUGAUAUUUCUUGCAUCGUCAUCCGUUUUCGCUGCUGAAUGCCAGGAUCCCGUGCUCUGUGGUGCCUAAAUCUCUGAUAUAUUUUCUACAGGGUAUCCCAUUGAGGGAAUUUGUGCUCAUGUCUCUUUGCCGAAUUUCUGUAGUAGCUGCUGUAUCUAUCGUAGUUGUGAACAGACUUGGAACUAGUUAGGACAAUGGAUACUUCAGAGCUGGGUGGUGAGUGUGUAUGCAGGGUGCUCAAUCUGUGCAUAUAUACAUCAGCAUAAACUGUGCAUCGAUUGACCGGGACAUGCAGACCUUGUGUGCUUGUGUCGUUGUGAUGGUAAUGGACCAGUGAUGACAAGGUUGUGUAUAGGAACUUGUUGAUUUACUUUCUCUUCAUUUCUACCAAACAAUAAUUUCAGUGAAA